CUCCUCUUUUCGACGAUCAUUUGGUCGAGUCUUCCUCUCAGGCGGAAGUGAGGACAACGUGCAGCGAUGGUGGCCACAAGGAGAAGAGUGUGCGUUUCUUCUACUAAAACUGACACAGAUCAGACCUCUGCGGUGCAGGCCACUCCAUCAACUGGUCGAAGGACUCGAAGCACAACUAAAGGAGCAGGAAGCCUUACCCUGAAUGCUGUGGUAGACACAAGGAUCCAGCUUGAAAAGCGGGAAGAAAAUCCCUCAGCAUCCCCCCUGAGUCCCCCAUGCUCAGUGAAAAGAUGCACCAGGUCUUCCAAACUCCACAGUCCAGAGCAGCCUUCUACACCAGUGGGUCCCACCCACGAAGCAGAGAUGUCAGAUCAGGAAUCCUGUUCCUCUCUGGCGUCUGACAUUCAAACACCAGCGACAUGCAGAAGGGGGAAAAGAAGGAGGUGGCCCUCUGCUACAAUUCAGGAUGAUGAAACAUCUGAGGUGGAAUCGUGCUCCUCAUCUGUGUCCGCAUCAAAAAUACACCCCAGCGUUCGGCGGAGUACAAGGAGGAAGAAGAUUUCUGAGUGUUCUGACAUGAUUCAUGUUGAGGGGGGAGAUGGUAACGCUGGUGCGGUGGAGGAGACAGAAUCCCAGAGAGCCUCCAGAAGUCCAAGAAGAAGUGUUCGUGCCAGGUUAUCUGCCAAGCAGUACAUUGAGGAGUCAGAGGUCUCAGAUGCUGAUAGCUGUACAUCCAGUGUGCCAGAGGCAGACAUACCUGGACCCAACACCCGCAGAACUACAAGAUCAAGAGCACAGCCCAUCCCCAAGUCCCAAGAUGAGGCCUCAGAAAGCUCCUCACAGGCUGGUCGCAGAAGCAGGAGAAUAAGUAGGAUGGCAGCAGCUGCCACUGUGGACUAUAGUGAAUCUCAGUCUUGUGAUUCUGAUGGUUUUGAGUCAGGCCCCAGUAAGAUCUCUCACAGACGGGGCAAAACUAAAUCCAAAGCCGCAGACUCUGACUCUGAACUGACGGCUGUGCAUUCCCCGUUGAGUGAAGAUGCACUAAGCGGCAGUGGUGUGGGAUCAGGGAAAAAGAGUUUAACUGUUUCGAGCACCAGGCUUGCCUCCAAGGCUCUCAAGGUUAUCCAAGAGAGAUCUGACUCCUCUGGAGCUCAAGAACAGGAAUUUGGUAACGAAACGUCAGUGGCGGGAGUCGGUGUCUUAAAUGACUCUGUGUUUGAAAGCACAGUGAUCACUGCUGAUGCAGACUGCACCUUGAUGGAGGAGGAGGAGAAGAGUCAAAGUGCAGAAGAAAAGAUAACCGUGAUUCAUCCUGCACAAAUGACUGUAGAUACAACACAGACAGAAAGAGAGGAAGAGUUCUCUGAGGACCAUUCCCAUGUGUCUGCCAGUCCCUCAGCAGCAGAUAGUUCCAGAAAAAAAGGCCAAACUGCUGAUGAGCCUGCAGUACUGGUGAGAGACCAGCAGGAGGAGCCAUCUGCUGGAAAUCAGGAAGGGGACACUUCAGACAUGGCAGUGAUGCAGGAAACAGACACGUCGUUAGAGCUAAUAAACCUUCCCUCCUGCCAAUUAGUCAGAGAAACAGUAUGUGACAUGGACGUUAACUCAGAGAGCGCCAUGGGCGGACAUCCGUGUGUGGCAGAGGAGACAUUGGGCGGGGACACUGUAGUGGAAGCUUUGCCCAGUGGAGAGGAGGAAACGGAAGUCUGCAUGUCAGACAGAGCCGAUGAGCAGGUGGGUGGCUCAAGUGACGGGUCUCUGCCCCUUACUGGGUCCAGAGAUGUCCACAGCGAGUCCACUGAUAAAACGUCUAACCGGCAGCACCGGGUCACAGUGGAUUCUACCUCUGAGCCUCAACGAGACUCUGUGGCCCAGAAUACAACAUCAGCCGGCCUGCUGGAGAGCAGCGAGGAUGAAGAUGACAGUGAUAGUGCUGAGGAGGAGGAUGGGGAAGAGUCUGAAGAGGAGGAUUGUGGGUAUACAGAAACAGAGAGAGAGAGGCCUCCCAGGAAACGUGAAGCAGCAGCAGCAUCAGUGGCAGGACUGUUUAUGAUUGACACGCGGCCUGGGCACGAGGCAGACGAACGUUACUACAAGGAUGCACCAGGGCAGGAGGAGGAGGUGGCAGCGGGCACAAAGGAAGAGGAAAGUGAGCAGGAUGAGGAGUUUAUAGAUGAAGAGGGAGAUGAUGAUGAGGAUGAAGAUGCACAGAUCCUCUUCUCCGGCAGAAAUCCUCAGGUGAAAGAGUUGUCCAGUCGUAUUGACCCUGGCCUCAGAAUGAAGGAGCUUGGGGGUUUAUACAUCACUUUUGAUGGCAGCAAAUCAAAACCUGCCUCCAGUUCUCUGAAGAAACUAAAGGAGAAGAUGAUCCAAGAUGAGGUGAUGAAGAAGAGUGUGAUCGGUCCAGACUUCGAAAAGAAGGAUGCGGUGCCUCCAUACAGUGAAUCUAGAAAAGCCUUGAAAUUGAAACGCAGAGUGGAGAGGGAGAAAACGACAGGAGAGAGCUGGUUUAACAUGAAGGCCCCUGAGCUCACUCAGGAGCUGAAAGGAGACCUCCAGGUCCUGAAAAUGAGGGGAUCUCUGGAUCCCAAGAGGUUCUACAAGAAGAAUGACAGAGAAGGCUUUCCAAAGUACUUUCAGGUUGGUACUGUGAUGGACAACGCAGCAGACUUCUAUCACUCCCGCAUUCCUAAGAAACAGAGGAAGAGAACCAUGAUGGAGGAGCUGCUGGCUGAUGCCGAGUUCAGACAAAAAAAACAACAAAAAGAAGUAUCAGCAGAUUAUGGCAGAGAGAGCAGCAGAGCGAGCUGGAAGAAAGAAGAAGAAUAAAAAGUCCCUUAAGAAGUAAAUCUAGAUGUUUGGUGCGAUGCCAAGAGACUCACCAUAGAUCCUGAAGAAGUUUGACCUUCAGCAGAAGCAAAAAUGAUAUUUAAUGACUUCAACCAUAUGAAGUGUCAAAAAUCCGGCUCUAUGAAGAGCCUUCAUCUUCAGCAGUGAACUCAGUGUGUAUAUUCUGAAGAUAUAGAUCAUGAUAAAACAUAAAUUUUGAAAGACUGAUGACUUUGUAUAGUUAUCACUACAUGUUUUAUGAUACAUUUUUAAUCAAAUUUUCCUUUGCGAUCCUUUACCUGUACAGUGAAUAUCACAUGAAUGUUACAAUGGGUACAUUUUUUUGAGCUACACAGUACUGGUCACUAAUGGACGUUCAGCCCUUCUUUUAAAGAGAUUUGCAGAAAUGUGGACUAAGUGCUCAUUUUAAAUAUGUGCUGUGUACCUCAAAACUCAUUUCAGUUCCAUUAGUAGAAUGAAUGAGGGAAGGGAGCAGCUUGAAAACCAUGUUCUUAGAGAAAAAAGCUGCUGUAAAAUUUGGACAUUCAGAAUCUUCACCAUGUGAGAAAGUAUUACAUUACAAGCAAAGUGCACUGUAAUUUAUUAUGACUAUCAACUUUUGUAUCAGUUUAUAAAAAUCACUUCAAAUUGAACAGUUAAAGAAAAAGUACACA